GGUCCUCCAGGCAAGGUCAUAUUUCUUGCCUGAGGCAAGAAGUUUUGCUCCUUCAUUCUUUCCAUCUUUCCGUGGAACCAAGAGGCUCGAGUUAGAAGCUGGAUGUGAAAUCACUGUUCUAGCCCAACUGAAGAGAAGACUGUUGGCACAAUUGGAAUGGUUCCAUUAACCUACCUUGCAAAAACACUUGAGGUUCACAGAAUUUCCUUUGUGAAAAUAAUUUAGAAGGGUGUCUGAGUAUUCCGUUUAGAUCAACAACUUCAAAUUCUUAGCAUGGAGAACUCUGAGAAGACAGAAGUGGUUCUUCUUGCUUGUGGCUCCUUUAACCCUAUCACCAACAUGCAUCUCCGACUAUUUGAGCUGGCCAAGGACUACAUGAAUGGAACAGGAAAAUACAAGGUCAUCAAAGGCAUCAUCUCUCCCGUGGGCGAUGCAUAUAAGAAGAAAGGACUCAUCUCCGCCCACCACCGAGUCAUCAUGGCAGAACUCGCCACCAAGAAUUCAGAAUGGGUGGAAGUGGAUACCUGGGAAAGUCUUCAGAAGGAGUGGGUGGAGACGUUGAAGGUGCUGAGACACCAUCAGGAGAACCUGGAGGCCAGUAGCUGUGAUCAGCGGCAGGACUCCCCGAAGCUGGAAAGGCCUGGACGGAAAAGGAAGUGGGCUGAGCAAAGACAAGAUUUUAGUCAAAAGGAACUGCUAGAGCCAAAAACGAAAGACGUGCCAAAGGUAAAGCUGCUGUGUGGGGCAGAUUUAUUGGAGUCCUUCGGCAUUCCCAAUCUGUGGAAAAGCGAGGAUAUCACACGAAUUGUAGAAGACUAUGGGCUCGUAUGUAUUACUCGGGCUGGGAACGAUGCUGAGAAAUUCAUCUAUGAGUCUGACACACUGUGGAAACACCGGAACAACAUUCACCUGGUAAAUGAAUGGAUCACCAAUGACAUCUCCUCCACAAAGAUCCGGCGAGCCCUCAGAAGGGGCCAGAGCAUUCGCUACUUGGUGCCAGACCUUGUCCAGGAGUAUAUCGAAAAGCAUGAUCUGUACAGUCCUGAGAGUGAGGAGAGGAACGUGGGCGUCAUUCUGGCUCCGUUGCAGAAAAAUGCUGCUGGAGCAAACUCGUGACUCCUGCGCUUUGGACAUGCCUGUUGGGGGUGUGAAGCGGUCCGGGUGUUAGUGACCGUGAAGAGGAAUUGUGACCCUGUUUCCUAAACUAACGCUUUUUAAAAGUUCGGUAAAAAUCACCAAUACGUGAAAAUAAGGCUUAUCUUUUUUUUUUUUUUGGUGUAGUGCUUUUUAAAAAAAAAAGUUUA